UUUUAAGGUAAGGAAGAUGAACUGAAAGGAAGGCAACAUUUUCAACUUAUACAGGAACUCUGAGGAUGAGGGGAGAGUCUUGUGGCAAUGAAAGGAAAGAAGACGAGAAGAAUCCGGACAUUUAAUGCACUGAUGGUCCAUCAGUUUCUGUGGUGAAAAGACAGAGAGUAUUUUCCUUCAGGAGGAUAGGAUGCACUUUACAAGAUGACAGGUUCACUUGCGUCACAGAAACAGAGCCUGUGGAUUCUUUGUGUGGUUGUCAUCACUGCAGCUGGAGAGGACUCUCCUUGUCCAACAGGUGGACAGAUCCACCUGGGCAGCUGGCGAUGCUAUUGGCUCUCUGAGAGGACAUCCUCAUGGACUGAGGCACAGGAUUCUUGCAGACAGAUUCAGGGAGGAGAUCUGGCAUCUGCUGAUAGCCUGGAGCUGCAAAACUUCAUCCACUUCUCCUUUCCAGUAAAAACCACUGUGUGGGUAUGGCUGAAGGGCUCAGGGGGAGAAGGGUCUGACCAGUUUGGGGUCAUGGAGCCAGUAAGUCCUGCAUUGUGGGCCAGAGGCAGCGAGAGUCAGGGGGGGUGCACUCAGAUGGCUUUGGGGACAAAGGGACGGUGGAGGAAGAGUCAAUGUGCUGGACGAAACCUCUUCCUCUGUGAAAAAGAAGUAACUGAGUCUUUACCAUCUGUGGACAGUUACCUGACUGGAUUGGUUCUCAUGACCGGCAUCUACGCUCAGAUUCAGAUACAGCCCAUUCCCAAUGUCCCAGACAUUGGACAAAGCACAGUGGAGAUGCAGCUGUUCCCGGGGAUCUGGUUCAGUCACGCUGGUCAGUUGGUAUCAGUGGAGCUGGUGGUCCAGCCCAAUCCAGUGUCUUCUCUGGCCCGUAUCCAGAUCCUCCGACCCUACUGCAACCCUAACCACCACCUGGUACCUCCAGGUUGCAGCUCUCUCCUGAAUCCUUUCAGCUGCUGCACAGCAGUACCACUGUGUAACACCACAGGGGGCUGCAGCAUGGGCCAGUACUGGUGCCACUUGAUGGAAACCUGUGUGCACACCACCAGUCCCUGCAGCCCUUACGACUCUGCAGCAGGGGAACGUGGUUUUGCUUUACCUCCCAGAUACCCUGCAAUACCACCGUUUUACCACCUGGUGGCAGACAUGCCUCUGAGAAUAAACCAUAGCUCUGAACUACAAACUAUAGGCUUGCUUCUUCCAGAUCGAGCGAUCAUGGUGUACCCUGAUGAUAUUGUUGCUAUACAACACACUCGUGACUCUGGAACAUUCCUACAUUGCCUUAACAGUGAAGCCUCUUUAGACUCCCCUUGGCGCCAGAGUUAUAUGUCCCUUAGGGGGACAGAGUUGGGACGCUGGUGGGAGGGAGGCCUCACUUCUCUGCCCCAAGAAGGCCAGUGGGUUGACGGGGUGGUGUGUGACCUGAGGAUGCUGUAUGUGGACAAUCUUCACAGAGGUACAGAGCAUGAUGAUAACUCUGGCUUGACCGACAGAGAGACAACCACAGAUCCAGGUAUUUGGGCCCUGACAACUGGUGUCUGGAGUCUGAGAUCUAAGUUUGGGCUUAUCGUGAUCCACCCCGCACCAGAUGAAAAGAACCAGAUUCAUGUCCAAAUCAACGUUCCAACACUUGUUGUCAUCAAGGUUCUGUCUGGACAGAGAGCAAGGAGCUCAUGGUCAGCCCCAGUCCUCCAGACUGGGGUCCCCUUCCUUCCAUCUUGCCCUGAAGAGCUGGCUCAAUUUUGGCCUGGCUGUAAGAGACAGUCAAAUCAUGACUGGUUCUCCUCUGUGACUCUGGUGUUACCCUCAGUGGGGGUUAAAACAUUGAACAUCACUGUGAUGGAUGCAGUAAGCUCUCAGAGUGUGAGUUUGAGGGUUUGUGGCUAUGAGGCAGUGACGGGACUUAGUGUUGAGCCACAUGGAUGCCUGAGGAUGCUCGUAGAAACUCCACAGUCAUAUAUAGCCAAAGUGCAGAGUGGUUCUUCAGUAAAAUUCACAUGGGUGAUUGACAACCUGGAGGAGUUUGCAUAUGAAGGAGAAUCUUACAGUGUAGUGUUCAAGAAGCCUGCAGAGUAUAAGCUAAAGGUGACAGCUUCCAACCCUGUGAGCUCCCAGAGCCAACAAAUUCUCCUGACUGCCGAUGAAAUUACCCCACUGGCUGAGCCAGAGUUUCUGUUGGUCAGUGAGGUCGUAGCUGUGGAUGCUACACACCUCUACACCCUCAGGGUCAAGGUGGACAUCUCCAUGCCAGUCACCUUUAGAUGGGAUUUUGGGGCUGGAAGUAGCAAAGUGAUCCACACCCAGUCGGCUCCAUGUCAGAUCAUGGAAGGGCUUAUGGAGAGAGGAGAGAAGCAAGUGUAUGUCCAGGACUUGGUGAACUAUACUUAUUCCAUCCCAGAUGACUACACUCUUCAUGUCCAAGUCUCCAACCUGUAUGACAACGCUGACACAUCCAUGAAGAUAAUCGUCCGCCCUCAGUUAAAUCACCUCCUCAUUUCCUCUUCCCUUCCCAUGCCCAUCGUCAAACAGACCCUCCUUCUGGAAGCUUCUGUAGAGCCCUCCACCUACGCUGUCACCUACACAUGGGAAUUUGGCGAUGACUCUGAAGCUGUCCAAUGUAUCCACCAUAAUGUCAGCCACACUUUUGCAUCUGCAGGGGUCUAUAAUGUCACAGUGUGUGCAAACAACACUCUUUCAGUUCUAUCCACCUGGCUCAUGGUGGAAGUUAUGGAGAAAAUCUCUGGAUUAACGGUCAGCUACAGCGGACCCAGUGAACUAAGCUCUGCUACAGAUAUCAAAGCUAUGGUGGUCACUGGUACGCGUCUCAAGUGGAAUUUUGACUUUGGUGAUGGGUCCCUGCAGGGAAACCUGACAGAUGGUUCCAUCUCCCACAUCUAUAAGUCGCCAGGAAACUACAUAGUUGACGUAACUGUCUCGAAUUCUUUCAGCCAAGCCCAUCAGUCUAUCAGUGUAGAGGUCUAUAGGUUGGCUGUUAGUGGAGUCCUCCCUACAGAAUGCAUCAUGAGUGGAAGAGACAUAGAGUUUAAUGCUCUGGUGAAUGGGAACAUAUCUAUUCUGACUUUCCAUUGGCUGUUUGGAGAUGGAUCACCUCUGACUGUAGUGAGGGGACAGUCAACAGCCAGGCACAAAUUUCAAUGCCAAGGGAUUUUUCAUAUUAGUCUGACUGUGUUUAGUUCUGUUACAUCUGUAUCAUUUAAUACGAGUAUCUACGUCGAAGCACCAAUAACCAACAUGACAGUGCAGUCAUCACAGGAAGUAGUGGCAGUAGGAGAAGAGGUAUGCUUCAGGGUGUUAGUUUUCCCUGAACAGAUGACAGGUUACCAAUUUAAGUGGUUUAGCAACCCCUCUAGUUUCAAUGCCAUGACAGAAAAUGCUCAAAAAUGUUUUAUCUUUAAAGACGAAGGUGUUGAAGAGGUAUCAGUGACAGUAAGUAACAAGGUCAACAACCAAACAGCCAAAGCUAGUAUUACCAUUCAAAACCCUGUAAGUAAGCUGUCUGUGGUGCAUGAUAGUCAAAUGGACACACUGACAGUCAAUACAUUAGUAUCAUUUUGGGUAGCCAAUUGUACUGGUAGUAACGUGUCAGUGCUGUGGGACUUCGGAGAUGGCUCUCCAGUUGAGCAAACACAUAACGUGUCACAUGUCUUUACAUUGACUGGUCAGUUCAAAGUCACCAGCACAGCAUUUAAUGCUGUUAGCAGGCAUUCUGUGACCCUUACAGUGAAUGUAUUACUUCCUGUUUCAGACCUUUCACUUCACACCAAUCAGCCAUAUGCUGUAGUAGGAGAAGAAACUCUUAUUUCAGCAAUUAGCAGUGCUAUCAGUAGCACCAACUACUACUGGACUGUGGAUGGUAUGACCUCAACCAAACAGGGGACAUAUCAGUUUAGAUUUGUGUUUCUGAAACCAGGAGUGUAUCAAGUGAGGGUUAUAGCACAGAACCUGGUGAGUAGAAAGGAGGCAGCUAUUCUAAUAGAGGUAUUUGAAAGAAUAGAGGGUCUUCAGAUUGAAUGUCAGAGCCUGACAAACAUGAAAUAUGUACCAACGCAAGAGGAACUGCUGUUUAUUGCUUCAGUCACUAAGGGCUCCAAUGUCACUUAUCACUGGCUUGCUACACAGAGCGGAAUAAACCAACAAAUUACUGGUAUUGAAGAGCUUUUUCAUAUCUUAGCUGAAACUCCUGGUGGGAUUUCAAUUCAUCUAAGAGCUUCUAACAAGUUGGGUGAGGCAACUAGCGUUGUUUCUUUAGUGGCAGUACAGCGUAUAACAAGUGCACACAUUACAACACAAUCAAACAUUGUGGCAUUAGGGAAAGUAGUGAACAUCUCUGUAUCCGUGGUUGCCGGCUCAGACCUACAGUACUUUUGGUAUGUGAAAUCUGAUCUUUCACCCUUGCAGACACAUGUACCCUUUCUUCAACAUACUUUCACAGAUGUGGGUCAUUGUCCUGUCAAAGUUUCAGUUCAGAAUGUCCUCAGCCACAGCAAUGCCUCAAAAGAGUUUAAUGUUCAAGAAGAAAUCCAAGAGGUGGACUUUAAAAUUGAAGGAAAGACAAAUCCAUUUUAUAUCACCACAAGUGCUGCUGUUCCACUUCACGGACUUAUUCCUAAGGGUAGCGAUCUGCACUGGAAUUGGAAAGUUAGAGGUGCCAAAAGCAUGCUUUUUAAUGCCACUAACAAGACCUUUAACUACACUUUUCCACACGCAGGCGUCUAUCAGGUGUCUUUGAAUGUUUCCAAUGGGAUAAACUGGCAGAUGGUUUCACACAUUGUCACAGUCCAGGAUGUAAUCAAAGGUCUAAUGCUGAACAUUUCCAAGUCUUCUUUCUGCACAGAGGAACAUGUUACUUUUAUAUCAACAAUCUCCAAUGGAAGCAAUGUAAGCUUUGCUAUAACAUUAAGAAACAAAGACUGGAUUUAUAGUCAGGGCAUUCUCAAGGGCCGGUUCACCACAUCAAACCUUCUAGCAGGGACACAUGAAGUUACAAUGAAAGCUUGGAACCAGGUCAGUAGUGCCGAGGUGUCUUCCAGCUUUCUGGUUACUGAGCAUAUUCAAGGUUUGGGGCUUGUGAACUGUUGCUCUGCUGCUCUAGAGGCUCUUAAAGGAAUACAGUUUAAGGCAGAAAUUCAAAGUGUACUUCCAGUCAAUUACACCUGGACAUUUCACUUGGUGGGAUCUGAGCCCACAUGGCUCAUGGGACAAGAAGUGAUCUUCACUCCACCUGAGAGUGGUUUAUUGUCUGUUAGCGUGCUCGCCACCAAUGGAGUCUGCUCCAUGACGGUAAAUGAUACUGCUAUAGUUCAGUGGCCUGUUAAGACAGUAAAGCUUGUCUGUCAUUCAGACAGAAUAUUCAUUGGACAUGCUGUCAUGUUUUCUACAAAAGUGAAUGGAGGGAGCAACCUCAGAUACCUCUGGGACUUUGGAGACUCUACUGUAGAAUUAGUGACAGACUUAAGCACAGUCAGUCAUACUUAUUAUAUUCCUGGGAAAUACAGUGUUACAGUCAAAGUUCUCAACAGUGUCAGCCAUGUGUCCACACAGUUAUACAUGAAGGUAGAGGAGCCCCAGUGUUCCAGCCCCCAAGUCUCUCUUGUCCAGAGCCAGUCUACUAUCUUCAGGUCAAGGACAAGUUUUUUUGAAGCAAGAGUUGACAUUAACUGCUCUGCUUACAAAACCACAUACCUAUGGGAGAUACUCAAAGAGUCCAAUUGUACCAAUGCCAACUCUGGGAACAACGUCAUUCUUAGAAGUCCGGUAGAUGCAACUUCACCUAUUCUCUUACUCCAAAAGCAUACCCUCGAUGCGGGACAGUAUUGCCUGGUAUUCACUGUUUCACUCCAGGGAACCCCUUUACUUGUCAAACGAAAAACCACCAUUACAGUGGUCCAUUCCCCACUGGUAGCUGUCAUCAAGGGAGGCUCACACAGACUGUGGCCCAGCCUUAGUGACCUCGUCCUGGAUGGAUCUGAAUCCCAAGACCCUGAUAUAGAGCCAGAAGUAGAAGAUACACUCCAGUAUCACUGGACCUGCAUGGCAGUGAACUCCACAGAGUCUCAUGUUGUAAAUCAUCCCUUUGGGAGUAACAGCAGUAGAAUGACUGUACUCAGCACACAGCUGCACCCAGGCACAAUCUACAUUUUCACCCUCACUAUACACAAGGCAGGGAGGAGACCUGUCUCUGUCAACCAGACAGUGACUGUGUGUGAAGCUCCUGUGCUUCCGGUGAUUGUGGAAUGUGUGUCCUGCUCUGUCCUGUCCUCCUCUUACCACAUUAGUUACACCACCCGCAUCAUAUUCUCAGGACAAUGUGGACAAUGUGACGACCAGGCUCAGUACAAAUGGAGUGCAGCAGACCAGACUGGCAUGACCCUUGACCUUGACAUGGUUUCCACCACUACAGGGGGACAGUCUCCUAAUUUGGUGGUGCGUUCAGGUGUCCUACAGGCAGGGAAGAGUUAUACCUUUACUCUCAAUGUAUCCCAGCCUGACAUUGAGCAGUGGGGCAGCGCCAGCCUUACCAUACUACCUAACAAUCCACCACAUGGAGGCCUCUGCGAUCUCAGUCCAGAGUCAGAUAUACGUCUGCUGGAGACAGUGGUCACCUACAACUGCUCAGGGUGGCAAGGAAAUGAAAGCAGUGCCUCUCAGCUGAUUUAUACCUUCCAGGUAGCACCAUGCCAGCUCGUUGGCACGGUGUGCCCCCUGCUCACUCUGUACAGGGGUACCCGUUCAACAUUUGGCAGCUUGGUUCCAAUGGGAAGUCCUGAGCACAAAAGAAAUAUGUCAGUUAUCACAGUUACAUUGCUGGUAGAAGACCACCUGGGUGCAAAGGUUGUUGCUCUGAACAGAAUAUUAACAGUUGAACAUCCAGCAAAGGAUAGAGUUGCCAGUCAGUGGCUCAGAAACAAGAGCCAGACUGAGCUGUGGGCUUUAGUCCAACAUGGCAACCCUCAAGAGAUCAUUCCUUAUUCCAUUGCCCUGACCAGCCAACUCAAUCAGAUGGAGUCAGGAUGGACUGCCGGGGAGCUCAAGGACAGAAGGGAGAUCCGGGAAAAUGUGACCCAAGCUUUGGCCUCUCUCCCCGUGUCCUCCUUGUUGGAUGUUGACCAGAUCAGCUCAGCACUGUCACAGUCUACUGCGGUUCCUAGUGAAUUGGUAUGUGAAAACUGCCAGGAGAAGGUUCUGGAAGCUGUAAGGAAGAUGAUCCAUGUAAUGGAGGAACAGAUGAGUUCCGGUGGUUUGUCAACUGUUGAAACAGGAAGAAACAUCCUUAACAUCAUAGGCAGCACCCUUGCUGCUGUGUCUGUCAGUGCUUUCAAUUCUCACCCAGCCUACUCAAGCACUCUGCAGUCUGCUUCCACAAUCGCCCUGUCAGCGCUGGGUCACGCAAGGGCCCUGAUGCGCUCUCUGAUGCAUUCACAUGUGCAUGGCGAGGCUCUCCUUUCACUCUCCACCCCUUAUAUCAAUACAGUGGGCUUCCAUGGAGACCCCUCCGACCUCCUCUGCACUCACCACUCCAACCAAAACCAGAUCAUCCCCUCUCAGUCAUCAUCAACUGAUGAAUCAAAGAGUUCUCGCCCAUGUCAGUUUCAUAUCCCUACCUCCCUUACUGCUCACCUGAAGAGUCAGAAGUCUGAGGUGGUGCAAGUACUGUUUGGUAUGGAUGGAGCAUUGGGAUCCAACCCUUUGCUGACUGCAGCCGAUCCUCCAAUUUCUACGUCGCUGGUUGGCAUGGAGCUCACCACACCUCAGGGCCAACCCAUACCCAUCCAGGAUCUGAACCCUGAACAGGCCAUACGGGUCACCCUGCCCAACAAGUACCCUGUGGGACAGGAUGAUGGGGGUGGAGAUGGGAGGGUAGGUGAAGCUGGGAACGAGACAUGUCUUACUGUAACUCUGCCCGCUGAAGGAAGGUUGAACCUUACAGUCAAAGCUGUGGAUAGACUUGAUGAAAACGCAGGUUUAUAUAUCUCCUUCAACUUCAGUCUGGACCCAGGAGCUACUCCAGUGAGCCUGGGACAUGUCAAGAUAGAAGUGAGCUCUACAGUGCCAGGGACUAAUGCAUCCCAAGAUUCCCUUGUGAGAGAGUGGGCUCUCACUCUCUCCGCUCCGACCACCUCCGAAGAGGAAUCCAUCUUUCUGUCUCCACUUUUGAACGGAACAGACAAACCUCUCUCUGUCAACCUUACCUCAUCUCUGGUUGACGGAGGCCCCGUCCACGUGUCUGUGUGCGUGUUCAGCUCUCUGUGUCAGUACUACAGUGUGGAGGAGAGGCGUUGGAGCAGUGAUGGUCUACAGCCACUGGAGGGCAGCACACUCCACACAGCACAGUGUCUCACCCAGCACCUCACCAUGUUUGGGGCCAGUUUGUUUGUUCAUCCUGGGGCCGUUGUUCUGCUGCCACCGUCAGGUGGGCCCGUGCAUAACAUCGUUGUGGCGAUUGUGUGUGCCGUCCUGGUUCUGAUUCACCUGCUGGUGGGGCUCAUCGCUCAUAAACUGGACCACUUGGACAGCUUGAGACUGAGCCAGGUCCCUCUGUGUGGCAGACCAGGGCUGUACCAUUAUAGAGUGCUGGUCAAGACUGGAUGGAGGCGAGGAGCAGGCACCACGGCACAUGUCGGGAUCAGUCUAUAUGGUGUGAACAAGAGCGGCUCUCGGCAUCUGCAGAGGGAUGGAGCUUUUCAACGUGGCAGUCUGGACCAGUUUCACCUCGAGACAGAUGACAACCUGGGGGAAGUUUGGAAAAUUCGCAUCUGGCAUGAUAACACAGGUCUGGACCCUUCCUGGUACGUGCAGCAUGUCGUGGUCUGGGACCCUCAGACAGACCACAUGUUCUUCUUCCUGCUGGAGGACUGGCUCUCUGUGGAGAAUCAGAAGAACGGCACUGUGGAGAAGGAAGUUCUAGCCUCAUGUCCUGAGGAGCUAUCUCAGUUCCGACGCGUCUUCACCUCCCAGCUGAUGUUUGGGAUGGUUGAGCACCACCUGUGGCUGUCGCUGUGGGAGCGUCCUGCUCACAGCCAUUUCACCAGGGCUCAGAGGGUUACAUGCAGUGCCCUCAUGCUGCACCUCUACCUGGCACUGGGGGCUCUGUGGUAUGGGGCUGUUGGCACCGUGGGGCACAGUGGUCCAGUGUCAGCCCAGCUGCUGGUUAACGUGGAGACGGUUGCCGUGGGGAUGACUGUUGCUGUACUGGUGUUUCCUGUCCAGUGUUUUCUCUGUUUCCUGUUUAGAAAAGCUCACAGUCAGGUUACCAUUGACAUGUCAGUUCCUCCUUCUCCCGCUUGUCACUCUGUGGAAAUGGAGGUCUACCUUGGCCAAUCGGAGCUCUCCGGGCAUUCCUUCCUGUCUCUGCCAGACUCCUCUGGCCCAUUCAGGGACAGUCCUUCAUCUUUACUGGACAGCAAGGCAUUUGACUCCAGUAUUCUGGAUUUUUGGGCUGCAUCUGGCUUGGCUCCCCAGACAGAUGGAGCAUGUCAAGAGGAGGGCAUAGGGACGUGGCCGUCUUGCGACAGCCUCCUCAAUCUACCAGUAGGCCCAUGCAUCACUAUGAUGACCCCAGCCCCCAACCUCUGCAAAGCUUCACCUUCUAUUGGCCAGAUGCGCCAGCUGAGGAGAAAAAAGGCCCUGAUGCAGCUCCACCUGGCCUCCCCCUCCUUCACUGGCUCACCUCCUGCUCUUCUCUCUCCCCUUUGCACAUAUCCCCUUUCCAAAGACAUUCCCAGUUCUCAUCAAUCUAUUGCUGCGCUGAACCGAAAGGUCUCUGCCAUGAACACCAACUUAGUGCAGGCUCAGAAACACAAUCUGACAACACUUCUGACUCUGUCGGAGGAGGAUCUGCUGAUGUCCAUUGCAGCAGCAGCAGAGGAAACAGCAGAUAUAACUAACAGCAACUCAGACAGUGGCCGUGAUUCCCCCAGAACCAUCUCCUCACUCUCAAACACGCAGAGCACCUCGUGUAGCAGCUGGUCAGAGCGGAGUGAGGAUAAGUUCCUGUAUGGUGCAGAGAUCCACAAGCUAAAUGCACAGUCCUGUUCCCCCCUGUACGGGGCAGGACUCUACAAGUGUCCCUCUGUGCUAUCUGUAGACUCGGUGGCCAGCACCUUCCUGCCGACCCCUUCACCUGACUCUACGCGCUCCUUCUCCACCACACGCAUAGGCGUUGCUCGAGGUCAGCCCAGCUGGCUGCUCCCUUCCUGGGCAAUAUGUGUGAUUUACCCCCUGGUGGCUGUGCUGCUAGGAGCCUGUCUGGCUGUGGUCGGACUCUACGGCAGCUUUUUUUCCAGAACAGUACUCCUCAUGUGGAUGGUAUCAGCUCUCUCUGCCUUUCUUACCUCUGCUCUGCUGCUGGAACCUCUGAAGGUGUUUGUGCAGACCUUGAUCUACACAGCACUGUGGAGGCCUGUGGAUCCAGAAGUGGAGGACCAGCUGGCUCAGGAGACCACUGUGGUGAGGGCGUUUGGAGAGCAUGGCGGGAAGGUUCGGCCCCCAUGUGGCUACGGGCUGCUUCAGGCUAAAGAGGAGGCCCGUAAAGUCAGAGCUCUGCGAUCACUAAUGAGGCACUGUGUGUGCCAGCUGUUAUUUCUGUUGCUGGUGCUGAUGGUGAACUACCAGGACAGUGUAGAGCAGAGGCAGGGCAGGCUGCUGCACUCCGCUGUCAGACGCCGUCUUCACACGGCACCCUCGGGGGUCCCUAACCUCACCUCACUCAGAGACUGGUCAGAAGCAGAGCAGUGGAUCAUCCACACCUUAGCGCCACAUCUACACCAAAACCCUACACUGCGCCUUGUCGGAUUGCCACGGCUGCAGUACACACAUACUCUCAGUCCUCUGGCAAGUGUCUUCCUGGGAGAUAGCAGUGUAACAACACAGCAGCUCCUAGCUGACCUGCACAUGGCAGACUGGAGCAAGAAACAGUUUAAAACUCUUUCUUUCGACUUCACACACUACCACAGAGAGUCUGGUUUAUUUGUGUGUGUGUCCAUACAACUAGAGUGGGCGCAGACACAGAGAGUCAUCCCCUUUCUCUCCAUCCAUCCACUCCUCAUCCCUUCAUCCUUCUCUGGACUGGAUCUGCAAGUGGCACUUACGGCUCUCCUUCUCAUCUCUGCUCUCCUCAUCUUGUUUGGAGAACUGUGGUCCGUGGCUACUGAGCGUGCCCAGUAUCUGUGUCAAUUCAGACACUGGCUCCAGCUUCUCCUGGCCUUGUUGUCCCUGGCAACGGCUAUCCUGCAGCUCUGCUUCCUGGCCCAGGGCACUUCCUGUGUUUCCAAACUUCAGUCCCACCCAGACAACUUCAUCAGCUUCCACAGUGCUGCCCUCCUGUCACAGAGGUGUUCUCAGUGUGCGGCUAUCCUGCUCAUGCUACUUGUUCUAAAGCUGCUGGGAACCUUGAAGUUUGUGCGGAGGUGGGUGGUGUUAGGCAGAGUUCUGCAGAGAGCCUGGAGGGAGCUGUGGGCUUUGACUGUCCUACUGCUGUUGCUGCUGCUGCUCUGCACUCACCUCGGAAACACGCUCUUCUCUCAUUCAGUGGAAGGUUUCCUGUCACUACGUCAGACCGGUGUCUCCGUGCUGUCCAUCCUGCGUGGCCGGAUGGCUCUCCAAAGACUAUGCAGGGUCCACCCAGUGCUGGGCCCUCUCUAUGGGUUACUACUGAUGGGGGGAGGUGUUUGGCUCUUGGCCAGACUCUGUGGAGCUGUUCUCAUCCGUACAUACAGGGCAGAGAAGGCUGAACUGUACCGUCCAACCAUUGAACCUCAGGACUAUGAGAUGGUGGAAUUCUUCAUCAAGAGACUCAAACUGUGGAUGGGACUCACCAAAGCUAAAGAGUUCAGGCACAGGGUGAAGUUCCAAGGUAUGGACAUCCCUCCUUCCAGGUCCUCACAGCACUCCCGUCUCUCCACCCUGUCUUCCACCCUCCGCUCUUCCCAUUCGCCUUCCUUAUCCUCCUCAUUUUCAUCCCCCUGUCCCUUGUCCUCGGCUCUUUCUGUGAGGUCUGAGGACUCGUCAGUGUCUGAGCCUGGGUUUGACGUCCAGCCCCACCUGGACCGCCUUCUGCCCUGUGUCAGUGCACUGCUAUCUCAUUUUGAUCAGGUCAACCAGAUUACUGAUGACGUUCACAACCUGGAAAUGAAACUGGAAGAGGCUCAGACAAGAAGAAGAAAGAGGUGGAUCAGUAACGAGGACAAAGGUGCAGAAAGAUUCAGAGAGUCAGCAAAGCCAAAGGAACUGGAAGGAGAAGGAAGGCAAACAGGAGACAUUAGGCACAGGAAAACAGGUUUUCUUUACCCCAAGCCACGAGUCUCCCUUCCAUCAUCAUUUUCUUUUACUCCCUCCGCACUUCACUAUUCUGCUGCAUCAAGCUGCAUCUUUCCCCGUACACGUAGGACCUACUCUGAGUCUGAAUCAGUACCAUUCCAGCCUCAAGCAUCUAGCAACAACCGUACUUCUGAAACAGCCAAGCUUGCUUCUGGGAUCAAUGGUUUAUAUCCUGCAGGUUCUCCUGGAUUUGGAAGGCUUCCCAGGAGAAGAGCUUGGCAUUCUGGGAGCUCUCACUCAGCUGAUGCAGCUCAGAGGAUCUUACUGACCCAAGGGGGGGUUGCUCCAUGUUGCUCCCAUUUUGCAUUCACUAAUACCAGACCCAGGAGUGAAGAAGGGUUAAGAGGAUAUGUCAGUGAUGGAGUCCCUGUGAAAAGGAAGGCUUGGAUCUCUGAAGGAUCAGAGACUGAGCAAGACUAACCAUGUGUUUACACUGGAAAUUAUUAUAGUUGACAGAUCCUACUCUCACUGUGUAGAGGCUCUGACUAGAUCUCUGUAAUGGUGCAGCUACAAAGCGCCUCUGCUGCAUUGAUUCAGACCAGUCUGGCAAGUCUCACAACUUCAUGGAAGUACAAUUCUAAAUUGCUGGAGUACCAUUUUAGAUAUUGCUCCAUAAAACAAGACUAGUCGAGGGCUUACCAUAGACACCAUUUAUGGACUUCAACUAAGAUUCUUCUUCUUCCAAAGAAAAACAACUAGGAAGCUUUGAGUAGCAGUAAUUUCAAUUUUGAAUUAUUUGCUAACUAAUUCACACAGAAAAGAAGAUUUUAGCACACCACACUUCAACAUAACUCAUUCAUUGAAUCAGUCCUAAUGUUGCCUCAUUAGUGUAUGAGAUCAUUCAAAGUAAAUUAGAUGCUAAACAGUAUGCAGGAAUUUCCUUUGCUACUAAAUAAUGAACUCCUAUCUAAUGAACACACGUGCAAAACCAAUAAUGGAUGUGCAAGCGAUUUUUCUGAUCAUUAUUCAAGCCAAAAUGCCUGUUGAACAUACACAGAUAGACAUUAGUAAGCCAGGUCCUUGUACUGUGACCCAAGUUCUCACUUUUAUCUAAUUGUGUGUACAUAAUGUUGUUCCCUACACCAGUACUACAUGCCUGUAAAUAUAGUUACAUUGACUUUGGAUGUUUUACUCUUCAGAAAAAUAAAGACAAGUGACCAUUAUGGUCUGACAAUGGUAUAAA